AUGUUAGAAGAUCUUGGCAUGGACGAAGAAGAAGAUGUAAUUCCUUUACCAAAUGUUAAUUCGGCGAUUUUGAAAAAAGUUAUUCAAUGGGCAACUCAUCAUAAAGAUGAUCCACCUCCACCAGAAGAUGAUGAAAAUCGCGAGAAGAACACCAGUGACAUUUCAUCUUGGGAUCAAGAUUUUCUCAAAGUUGAUCAAGGAACACUUUUCGAACUUAUUCUCGCUGCAAAUUAUUUGGAUAUCAAAGGUUUACUCGAUGUUACAUGUAAAACAGUGGCUAAUAUGAUCAAAGGCAAAGGACCCGAAGAAAUUCGACGUACUUUCAAUAUUAAAAACGAUUUUACACCUCAAGAGGAAGAACAAAUCAAAAAAGAGAAUGAAUGGUGUGAAGAAAAAUAA